AUGGAUCGGCAUCUAUCGACUCUGCUUCAGCCCUAUUGCCAAGUUCCCUGGUCCGAAGCUGGCCGCCCUGACCGGCCUGUACGAAGCAUACUUCGAUCUCGUCCCUAA